GAAUUUCAAUGCCUUCCCUGAAGCAAAGAAAGGUUGCCAUCGUGGGCAGUCGAUCGGUUGGCAAAUCAUCGCUCGCUGUGCAGUUCGUUGACGGCCAUUUCGUGGAGAGCUACUACCCGACGAUAGAAAACACCUUUAGCAAGACUAUACAGUGGAAGGGCCAGGACUUCUCGACGGAAAUCGUCGACACCGCCGGACAGGAUGAGUACAGCAUCUUAAACUCGAAGCAUUUCAUCGGCAUCCAUGGGUACAUGCUGGUCUAUUCAGUAUCGUCCCUGCCAUCGUUUGAGAUGGUCCAGAUCGUCAGAGAAAAGAUUCUCAAUCAUCUAGGUACCGAAUCCGUUCCCAUCGUCAUCGUAGGUAACAAGAGCGAUCUUCGACCAGAGCAGCGCCAAGUCAGCCCCGAAGAGGGCAAGAAGCUCUCCGAGAAAUUCCAGUGCGGCUGGACAGAGGCGAGCGCAAGAUACAAUCAGAAUGUUGGCAGGGCAUUUGAGCUUCUGAUUGGCGAGAUUGAGAAGUCCCAGAGCCCUGGAGAACCCCCAGCAAAGAGCAAUUGUCUCUUGAUGUAG